CCUGCGCCUGUUCCGUUCUCUUUCUUUUUUACUCUCUGUAUAUGCUCCAUGUCCAUCCAAGGCCACAAGCACUCUGCAUCCUCUUCCCAGAACCUCAAGGCCCAGCUCGCAAAUGCCUACAACGAGCUUGGCAAGGAACUGUCCUCCACAAAGGUCAAGGUCGUCGGGAACUAUACCCUUGGCAGGGUCAUUGGUGAAGGCACGUAUGGGAAGGUCCGGCUGGGCACACACAGACUCACCUCCACGCGCGUGGCAAUCAAGCAAAUUCCAAAGGCCAUGUCCGCUGCCCUCACCCGCGAGAUCCACCACCAUCGCCGCCUUCACCACCCUCAUGUAUGUAAAUUGUACGAGGUGAUAGCAACAGAGUCAACUAUCUGGCUCGUCACUGAACUGUGCUCUGGUGGCGAGCUCUUCGACUACCUUGCCGAGAAGGGUCGCCUUUCGGAAGAAGAGUCCCGCGCAAUUUUUGGCCAGCUCUGUCUCGCCGUAGGCUAUAUUCACGAGAAGGGCGUGGUUCACAGGGACCUCAAACUUGAAAAUGUCUUGCUAGAUGAACGAUGUAGGAUUAAACUCGGAGACUUUGGUUUCACUCGGGAGUUUGAACGAGGCUCCUUGCUUGACACGUACUGCGGAACUACUGGAUAUGCCGCUCCGGAAAUGUUGAUGGCAAAGAAGUACCUCGGGCCAGAGGUGGACAUCUGGUCGUUAGGGGUCAUCCUAUACUGCCUCUUGACUGGAACACUGCCAUUCGAUGAUGAUGAUGAAGCUGUAAUGCGAGAGAAAAUCAUUGUUGGAGAGUUUGAGAACCCUGAUUGGCUCUCUGCAGAUGCGCGAGACCUCCUUCGCAAUAUCCUCCAAUAUGAUCCGGCAAAACGUCUCUCUAUUACCCAGAUCCUUGCUCAUCCAUGGUUCUCGCGCCCCUCUGAUGCCGCUCCUCAAUUAAAUAUUGCGACGAACGUUCCUUCGACGUCCUCUGUACCUGCGAUACCACUGGACAAUUCCUCAAGCUCAGCGCAGCACCUACCAUCACCUUCAACUUCAGAAGCGAGCUUCCAUUCUGCUCCUUCCGAGCCACCGCUUUCCGCUAGCCCCGUUGCGGAUGAGUCUUUUGCCAUGAUAGAUAAUAUAAGCUUCGAUAGUAACGCCAGCGAGAGGACUGUCAAGCAGCGCGAAAAGAAAAUGGAUAUGGCCGACCCAGGCUCGCGCCGGAAGAAGUCCGCGAAGGGUAGGACUUUGGCAAAGUCAUCAAAACAAGAAGACGACAUCUUCUUGUCCAGAAGGUUGUCGACCGAUUCAAGAGACGCUUCACGCUCAAGAGACCCUUCUCCUGCUCAAAGCCCCACAAAUUUUCCUGGUGCUUCUCCUGGCCCUUCACUGGCCCCAACUGCAUAUCCUACGCGGACGCCCGCUCGUACAAAGCGACGCUCUGUCUCGUCUAUCCUCUCGCAGCCCUCGUCUCCUGUGUCGGAUAGUCAUCCAGUUGGUGUCCCUCCGCAAGACUUCGCCUCUCUUCUACGCACGCCAGCUCCUCUCCUUUUCUCCACGCCCUUAGAACGGCAGCUGCUAAACAAUCUCAGUAUCUUGGGGUUCGACAUCGGACAAAUGGUUCACUCCGUAUUAAGCGAUGCCUGCGAUGCGACCGGCGCGAUGUGGUGGAUGCUAAAACGCAAAGCCGAAAAGAAAGCCUUAGAGUCCGCGUUCAAAAAGGAAAAGGAGUCCGCCGCUCAUGGUGACGUAGAAACAGAACUGGAGACAGAACUGGAGAUUGGAUUGACUCCGUCUCUGGGUGUCCCAGAAUCUCCGGCUGUUGAGAAAGCCCUCGGUAAAUUAGAGCAAUCUCGUUCUGCUCCAGAACUCGCAUUUGUCCCUGCAACGCCGACUGUCGCUGAAGCACGGCAGAAGAAGAAUGCAUCACCGCCAGUAACGCCUCCGCGUUCUAAGUCUCCGCGUUCAUUCUUAUCACCAACUCCGACCUCCAUGGAAUCAACAAAAUCUGCCCCAUCUACUCCUGGAAAGGAGAAAGAUGGUAAGGAUGGCUCGAAAGGCCGUAGUAGUGGCAAGGCACGAUCUGGAAGUGUCAGCAUCGUACAGCGUGCCACAAUGACUGCGCUGGAGGCUGCUGGGCUGGUACGAAAGAAGUCCACUGAGGCUGUUAAGGAGGACAAAGAUAAGGACAAGGAACGAACCUCUUCAUCUUCAGACUCCCGCAAUGGUCAUGCGAAUGCAACUGCGCGCCUGACGAAGUCACCUCCUAUUCGUCCUGUAAAAGACGUUCCAACUCAACCAUCGACGCCAGAGCAUGAGAAAACAGUUCCCACAAGUCUACCUAGUGCCUCUCCUUGGGUCCCGGUCGCUAGAUCCUCCACGUUUACCGUUGCGCCCACACCAGCAAACUCGCCCGGGAACACAAAUGAUUUUGGCGCCGAUGGAUCACAUAAACUAUUCGGGCCAGUUCGUAACCGAAACAAUCUGCUCACUACUUUCCGGAUGUGGUUCAACGAGGACCGCAAGGGAAAGCGCAAGGCCGCCGUCCCGCCUCCGGUAAAUAUCAACGCGAGUUCCAGUGGUCCAGUACCUGUUCCUCCUUCACCGAGGCCACCGCGCAACACCUUCAAGAGACGCGGUGGCUGGAGUGGACAGAAACCUCGCGCCAAACGGGCAUCCAUCUCCUCACGUCGCUCAAGCAGCAUAAACUCUCGUCGUUCCUCGGUUGCAUCUAUGCAAAUGGUCCUUAUGGAAACUCCACAACACGGUAUGGACAAUAUCUCCCGCCAAAGAAGUGAUCCAAGCCGACGCUCAUUCACACCUAAUUCCGAAGUAGAACGAGAAGUCCAUUCGUCGCGACCAUCUUCAAUUCGAAGCUAUAGUAUGCAGGGUCGGCACAGAAAGUCACCAUCCGCGGGAUCUAGCGGUUCGACUGCGCGAUAUGGUCGAGCUUCUCCUCUUAAAAAGUAUCACCAGCGCGCCGGAUCGAGUUCUUCUACACGUGUCGUGAGACAAGCACGACCAUCGUCGUCACAAAACCUUUCUAACCGACCUGCACAUGUUCGCUCUAACUCCACAACUUCAUCCAUUCACUCGCUGCCGUCUUCUCGGCCCGGCUCCUUCUAUGACGCUUCUGAGGGAGAGAGCCAAAGGGCAGGGUACUCUCCUUUGAGAUCAGCAGAUGAUCCUCCGCGCCGCUCAUGUUACAGUACAGUCCUCCUUGCGCAAAAGAAGCAAUCCACUUUCGGCCCUCCAUCAGCAGCGAGCUUCAUUACUUCCGUCAGGAGUUCCAGUUGGAAGAAGGCUUGGGGCACCGAGCCUCCUGGUUGGCGGUCUCGUCAACCGCAAUUCCCUGUGGAAGUACUCGCCGUCUCACCUGCGCCGGAUCAGCCUAUGACUAUCCGGGAUGUCUUCUCGGGGAGACAAUCGAUCAACUUAGGCGAUGACUCCGACUGGGUAGACGAAGACGAUGACUUCCCCGCCUUCGCGGGUGGACUCGGACAAAUUCCAACAAACGCAUCGAUGGCUUCGAAGUUGAAUCAGAAGAAUAUGGAACUGCCGAUGCAGCUCUCUCCUGUCCCUCGUCCGAACAACCGUGGAGCUCGGAAAGCAGGUAGAGGUCGCGGAGGUGCUCGUACAAGGGCAGGUCACUCGCCGAUUACAGGAACCAUGCCUCUACCUGGUUCAGACGGCGUAUUCGACGUUCCACCCGAGUCCAUUGUCAACGAAACGCGCAUGAGCCGUAGACAACUUCCGAAUGGUCGAUCAGCUCCUGCGUUCAAAUCCGCUAUUGUUGAAGAAGAGGAAGAAGAAGAAGAAGAAUGAAUACUCUUAAAACUGUGGCUCUUGAGAAUUCAUAUAUGGAUCGUUUUACUUUAUUGUUGCACCGUACCUAUCUAUGCCCCUCAAGGCCCGUCGUGAACACAUAUCGUACUAUAUUUAUUUCCUCUUCACCAUCACAUUGGUUUACUAUCUUGGCUUUCGUUGAUUCGUCCUUUAGUUUAUACAAUUCCUAUUUCUAUAUACACAUUUCGCUAGCCUCUUCGCAGACCUGCGUUUACACCGGAUUUUGUCCUUUUUCUCUCCUUUACUAUCUUUUUGUUUCUCGCUUGUUGCCGUCGCUUUGCUUUCCCUUUCUCUUUUCUUUUUCCUGCAUAUUAAUGAACAUUAGGG